AUGGCUUUUUAUUAUCCGGUUUUCGCGUUUCUUUUGCUCGGUUUUUUCAUUCUCUCUGUAUCUAAUGCCCAACAACCUUCAUCUUCUUCUCGGCCUAGCGGGCUGGUUUUCACUGUCAGCAGAGAUCCAUCUACACUGCAAUAUCUGACAAAAAUCAGCCUAGGAAAAGUCCCUGUAAACAUAGUUGUUGAUCUCGGGCGUAAAUCUUCCUGGAUUUAUUCUAGCCGAGGUUGUGCAGCUGCAUCGAUUUCAGGCGUGGUGACUGCUCAAUCAAACAAUUUGAAGAAUGGGGAGUGGGUGUCAGGUCCAAACGUUACGGCUCGUGGGAUUUCAUUCGGUUGUGAAGCAUCUGCUGCUGCCUUAGGUGGACUUGCCAAAGGUGCUAUAGGAAUUGUUGGUCUUGGAAGAUCAGGACUUUCCUUAACUUCACAAUUUGCAUCUGCAUUUCGGUUCUCUCGGAAAUUCGCCAUGGAGCUAUCUUCGACUAACGAAAGUACUUUGUACUUUGGUGCCGGUCCUUACACUAACCAGCAGUUCAGGCAGCCAUUAGCCUACACACCACUCCUCACCAACUCGUAUUUUCCUACAGACUAUUUCGUUGAUGUAAAGUACAUCGAAAUAAGAAAUGAAAAUGUCACAACAAAGGAUUGUUGUCCAUUAACAAGAAAAAUGGAAUGGGGUGAACCAAAUUCAGCACUUUAA